AUGGCUCACUCUCCGAUGCCUUUCAUCACAGGGCCCGUCACCAUUCCCGACUCCCAGUUGCGCCUGUCACCUCCUCAGGGAGAUCUUGUCGCCAUCGUCCCUCUUUCCAAAGUGCAAGAAGUCCUUUGGCUCGACUACAUCCGUCGCCCGUGGGCCACUCACUAUGCCCUGACUCUCCGGAUUGACUUGACAGAGUCGAAGCUCUCUCUAGAAACCAUUCUCAACUACAUUCAUCAACUCGGCAUCGAAAAUGACAUGCUACGCACAACCUUUCACAUGGACGGCACCGCCCAAGAUAUGUCCCAGUCCUACAUGGCCGUCCAUGAUUCGACCGACUGCAUUCAAAACGCCGAAAUCAUGGGCGACGACGCGAAGUUGGCACAAGCGCUGCGGCGGCCGUUUGACCUUUCGAAAGAGUUCCCGGUUCGAUGGGUCAUACAUCAGCACUUCGCCUCCAACGAGGGCUUCUUGAAGUCGUCCUACACCGUAUAUGCCAUGGGCCACCACAUCGCCGUCGACGGUAGCAGCAUCAGCUACCUCUCACGCCGCUUUCUCGAGCUCGUCUCCCAAGACGGUGUGGUUGCCCCGUCAUCGAGCUCUGCGCCAUCGUAUGGCGAAUUCGUCCAGAGGCAAAACGCCUAUCUCCGGAGCUCGGCGGCCAAGGUGGCCCGGAGCUUCUGGCUGUCACAGACGGCCAACACGACGCCGUGCGAAUGGAAGCACGCCACUCCUUCUGCGCCGCCACCGGCCGGUCGAGACUACAGGCAGAUGAACACCUGGGGCUUCUUCACCUUUGACGAGCUCGCAGAGUGGUCUAAGCUCUACGGCACGUCGUGGUUCCGCAUCGCCACUUCAAUCGUUGGUCUCGUCGUGGCCGGACACUCAAAGCCGACGCCACAUCACGAUCACACACUGCAGGUCGCCUUGGGAGCACGGGAGCCCCGAUUCGCUGAGUGCAUCUCGCACAUGGCAAACACGAUGCCCAUCCGGCAGCCCGUGUGGGAACUGCUGCAGCGCGACGGCACCUUUGCCGAGCUGGUCAAGAAUGUCGGCAAGCGCAUUUCGCAGGCUAAGAAGCAUGAGAUGUUCCCCUUCAUGUCCCUGCUCGAGGCGGCGCGCCAGGAGGCUAGAGGCGACGAGGUCAUGUCGGAGAAGGUCGUCGUCACAUACAGCCCCAAGCUGGCCGACGCUCGCUGCACUCUGUAUCCCGUGCAGGGAGUGUGGGAUCUGUUCUUCUGCUUCCUGGAAGCUGGUGACGGUGUCUCGCUCGGCGUCAUCACCGACCCGGCUGCCUUUGACCAUGCUGCCGUCGAGGCGCUCAAGACGGACUUUAUGAGCACCGUCCGCCUCUCUCAGGCCUCUGCAGGCUUCAAGCUAAGCUCGCUCUUCUAUCUCCAAGGGCACGAGACGGCCGCACUCGUCGGGGGUCCCAAAAUAACCGACGCGGAUGCUGUCUCUUCGAGCCGUGUUACCGACUGGAUUCGUCAGCGAGCAGCCGCACAGCCGGACGCUAUCGCCCUCUACUCUGGUGAAGAGAAGACAUCAAUGACCUAUGGAGAGCUUGACGAGAAGUCGGACAGCAAGGCGCUGCAUCUCCAGCAACACGGUGUCAGCCGAGAGGAUGUCGUCGUGCUCCACAUCGAUCGAUCGUUCGACGUAGUGGUCUGGAUUCUCGCCAUUCUCAAGGCCGGCGCCUGCUACGUCGUCCUCGAGAAGAGUCUUCCCCUGGCCAGGAAGCAAGCCAUCCUUGGCGUGGCCGAGGCUAAGCUCUUCGUGACAGACAUAAUCGACAACGCCCUCUUCGCCAACUGCGCCUGGAUCCCGGAGGUCCUCAACAUCUGGGCUAAGGCGGACCUGCCGGCCGGACGGCCGCAACCCGUGGCCGGCCAAGACCCGACAGACCUAGCCUACAUCAUCUUCACCUCGGGCUCCACCGGCAUGCCCAAAGCCAUCAUGGUCGAGCACCAGAACCUGAGCAGCUACGUGAGUUCGGCCAGGGAAACCGUCAAGAUCGGACCAGGCUCGCGCGUUCUCCAGCUCGCCACCUUUGCGUUUGAUGCGUCAAUCCUGGAGUGUGCCGUCACGCUGUCGUAUGGCGGCACCAUGUGCUUUGUCAACCAUCCUUCCCUUCUCGUCGGAGACUAUCUCGCAGACAUGGUUGACCUCAAUAAAAUCAACUUUAUCCACUUAACGCCCUCGGUGCUGUCGACAAUCCCGGAUGGCCGCCGGCUGCCGUCUUUGCGGAUGCUGUCUGUCGGCGGAGAGGCAUCCUCAGCUGGACUCUUGGACAAGUGGAGCAAGAGACUGACGCUCAUCCACGCCUACGGUCCCACGGAAACAACCGUCAUCUGUGCCACCGAGACAGUGGUCCCUAGCGGCGAGAAGUUGCCGUCUCCUUCCAACAUCGGUCGGGCGAACCCCAACAUGGCCACCAUCAUCUGCUCCGAAGGCUCGGACCAGACCCUCGAGCAGGGUCAGAUGGGCGAGAUCUGCAUCGUCGGGCCCCAGGUUACUCGAGGCUACAAGGGACAACCGGAACUGACUGCGGACAAGUUUCGGACCAUAGAGUUUGAAGGCAGAAGCGCCAGGAUGUAUCGGUCAGGCGACAAGGGGUACAUCGACGCCGAGGGUAAGCUUAACAUUUUCGGCCGCAUGAAUCGCGAGAUCAAGCUUCGUGGCUACCGUAUGGAUCUCGCGGCCAUCGAGAAGAGCAUCCUUGACUACUGCCCCGAAGUCAUGAUGGCGUCUGUCCAAGUCGUCAAAGAGAGUCUUGUUGCCUUUGUCGCCCCCAAUACGAUCCAGGGCAGGUUGAUCCGCGAGAGAAUCUCCAAGGACCUCCCGUCCUACUCUGUGCCGACUCUUUUCACGGCCCUCAAUAACCUGCCGCUCAAUGCCAACGGCAAGGUGGACCAUGCGCAGGUCCUCGAACAGUUCUGCAACGAAGACAACGAGUCGGUGCCAGAAGCCACACUGCAGACCGAGCCCGACAUCUUCGUGGACGGGCUGCCGGAGAGCCCGGGCAUCGAUGCCGACACGACGUUUUACGACGCCGGCGGCCACAGCAUCCUCCUGACUGCCCUGCACAAGAAGCUGGCACUCCAAUACCCCGGCUCGGGCAUCUCCCUUCUCGAUGUCUUCUAUAACCCGACCAUCCGCCGGCAGGCAGCUCAUCUGGCGGACCUCGUCGCCGUAAACAGCCCGCCACCCUGCACCGUCUCCGACGAGAGCCUGUCGAUGACGAGAACGCAUUCCUCGCGCAGCUCCAUCACAAACGCGUCAUUGCUGCUGCAACAGCAGGAGAGCCUGUUUGCCAUUGUCGGCAUGGCCGGGCGCUUCCCGGGCGCGGACUCGGUCGACGACAUGUGGGACUUGCUGAUGGAGCAGCGCGACGGCAUCACCACGAGCAGCGCGACGGGCGACGAGCUCGAGCCGGGUGAAGUCUUUGUCCCGCGAUACGGAAGUAUCAACGGACUCGAGGCCUUCCGCGGAAGCGACUGGGCCAUGUCGGACGAAGAGGCCAACAACUUGGAUCCGCAGAAACGCAUGUUCCUCGUAGUCGCCCAAGAGGCACUCAAGGACGCGUCGAUAUCGACUUCGAGGACUCAGGGCACCAACAUCGGAACCUUUAUCGGCAUCGCACACAACACGUUCCUUCACUCAGGCUCGGAGGCAGCGGUUACGGAUUCGUUUGAGAGACGCUACCGGGUUGUCCUGGACCCCAACGCAUCCACCUUUACUGCUUACAAGCUGAAUCUGACGGGGCCCAGCGUUGAUAUCAACACGGCCUGCGCCUCGUCGCUCGUCGCCAUCCAUCAGGCCAUCAACUCGCUGCGCGCCGGCGACUGCGAGACGGCGCUGGUCGGAGGAGUGUCCGUCUCGUUCCCGCAGCUCGGCGGCUACGCCACGUCCGACGGCAAGAUCUUUUCCGUCAGCGGCGAGUGCCGGCCUCUGGAUGCGCGCUCGGACGGGUCGGUGCCGGCCGACGGCGUCUCGGCGGUGGUGCUGAAGCCCCUGAGUGCGGCAAGGGCAGCCGGGGACCGCAUCUACGCCGUCAUCGAGGGCCACGCCAUCGGGACGGACGGCGCCGUCGACAAGAUUGGCUUCACCGUGCCAAGCUCGACGGGCCAGGCCAAGGUAGUGCGUGAUGCCAUUGUCAGCUCGGGCGUCGACCCGCAGUCCAUCCGGUACGUCGAGAUGCACGGCAGCGGCACCAGUAUCGGCGACGCCCUCGAGGCACAGGGCCUGGAGCGUGCCUUUUCAGCGGCCGAGGCGGCCUGGGCCGGCGGCGAGCUGCCCAGCACGACGUCGAGCACACGUCUCAGCAGCGGCACCGGGUCGGCCGCCAUGAGCCGGUCGGCGUCUCGCGCCAAGGCCGUGCCAUCGCCCGCCGCCCGCGAGCUGCUCGUCGGCUCCAACAAGGGCAGCUUCGGCAACUCGGAGGCGGCGUCGGGUCUGACGUCGCUUAUCAAAGCGUCUCUGGCCGUCCACCGGGGCGUCGUGCCGCCAAUGCCCCAGAUCGGCGACGUCAACCCUCUCAUCGACCUUUCAAAGACACGCGUCCGACCACUGCGCAGCCAUCUCAAGCUUGAGAUAGGAGACCGGGUCGGCGUCACCGCGCUCGGCUACGGCGGCGUCAACGCCCACUGCAUCGUCUCCAGCCCGGAGACUGCCGACUUGGAGCAGAGAGUGCAGGCGUAA